UGUGAGUCCGCGUGUGUUUAGGGAAGUGUGGCUGAACAGGAGCAGCAACCAGGACAAAUAUAUUGACCACGUAGCUGUGAUUUUAACCAACACUGCCCGCGUUGCUAGGCAACAACGUUUAAACUCUUUCACCCGGAAGUACGUGACAGACGUCUGUCCUUAAGCUUAUCUAGAGCACGUGUUCAGUCAGCAAGUUUCUGAACGGAAUUAAACUGUCAUUAAGGGGAAAAAAACAACGCGUCCAUCCAAUAAUUCCUCCUUCCUUCCUGAAGGUCUUGAAGAAUGUGGGAUUUUCUGGACUGGACAGUCAUUGGGUUCUUCCUUCUGGCCCUCCUCCUCUCCACCUUGUCGGUGUAUGUGGUGUAUUCCGGCCUGCUGACGGAGGUCCACAUCAGCACUGGCUCCUCUCCUGUGAAAAGCAUGACUGUGGCUUAUAAAUACCAAGAAGGACCUUAUAAAGAGUCCGGCCUGCUGUUCGCUGAGAGCUGCAGAAUUGCCCCAGAGCUGCCCACUGUAGGUGUCUUCUAUGAUGAUCCAAAGAAGGUGCCUGCUCCCAAGUGUCGCUGCGCCGUGGGUAGUAUCCUGAGCGAGGGCGAUCAGAGACCCAGCGCAGAACUCCAGGAGCUCUAUGAGAAGUUUGGCUUUCGUAUCUUCACUUUCCCAGAGGUCACCCACGUGGUCUCGUCUUGUUUCCCCUACAGAACCCGACUCUCCAUCAUCCUGGGAGUGUGCAGGGUUUACCCACAGCUCAACUGCUAUAUCAAGGACAGGAAGCUGUGUGCUCACCCCUUCCUUGAGAUCUACAGGAAUCAGUUAAUCUACUACAUCAGCCCUCUGGCCAGGCAGGGAGAUUUCUAUGUGCCCGAGGUCCAGAAAGCCCCUAAAAGACAACAGGAAGGCGAGGAAUCUGAAGAGGACAGGAGAACUGACAUCACAGGUGCAGACUCUCACAGCGAUUGCAGUUCGGUCAGCGGCCCGCUCCAGUCACACAGCAGAGACACAUCUCCAUCUCUGUCUCUCUCUCCGUCCGUCCUGUACCACCAGCACAGGGACUCGCUCUCAGACUCGGACUCAGGCAGCCGGAGGAGUAGACGGAGCUCCAGCGCUUCAUCCUUCGAGGAGCUGCAGCUGGAGGCGGAGAAAUGCGUAACAUCCGAUGGCCCCGAGCAUCCAGGCCCGGUAGUGGAAGGAGAGGAGUGAUGUUAGUGAUUUGAAGAAGAAGCAUUCGUGUGUCGUGGUUUUUUAAUCUAUACAGAGAAGCAGUUCUGUUUUUUCCAUGCUGGCUGUUCAGAAGGUGUUGAUUAUGGGUUUUUUUUUUUAAUUGUAGCUCUGACAGGUGCUCUGACACAAGGACACACCACGUAAUCUAAGCUAAUAAUAAAUGGACAAAAAUAACAUGGUGGCGUUUCAGAGAAAUGUAUAAUCACGGACAGGAAGAAGAUUUCUUUAAGAAGACGUUUAUCAUUUAGGGAAAGAGACUCCAGCGUCAGUAACAUUCCCAGUGCGGUGAUGUUUCUGAAAGGGAAACGUAUGACCAUCGACAGGGUGAAGAUUUCUUUAAGGACACGUUUAUCAUUUGGGGGAAAAAGUCUUCUUUAGGACAGAGGAGUUUACAGUCUUGCCCCAUGUUCUUUACAUUAACUGUAAACGGAUAUAAAGUGUGAAAUAUUGUUCGUUAAUAAAUUCGUCAGCUUGCUGUGGAGUAAGAGGAAUAAAACGUGUGGGGAUGUGCAAAUAUGGCACGUCGGUGUCGCAUGGUAUCACACCACAGUGUCAUUAACCGCACACACUGUGGUGUUUUUACUCCAUCCUACAUGUUUGGUAAGGAUUUAAAGAGUCUGCUCUGAUCAAACGGCCCACUCGCAAAAAAAAAAAAGAGAAAUAAUAAUACGCAAGAUUUGAGCAAUUCAAAAGGCAGGAACCGUUCAGUAAGUAUCGGAUCAAUAACAUUUUUUCAUGAUCUAGUGAAAAUUAACAGUCUAGUUAAAGGUUUGUGAUUUAUAGUCAACGUGUUGCCUUUAACGUCCGUUUAUUGUUCCGGUUUAUUAACUUCUUUGGUUUCACCUGUAAGACUUGAAAAACUGCACUUGAAAACAACACCACCAACUUAAAGCAGGUAACCUGGAUUUCUUGAACUUCGAAUGUUUCUGUGUAAAUGUUUCUGUUUCUGGUCGUUGUCGACGGAACAGAAGGAAGCGCUGUACAGUAUUCACGACGUUUAUUAAUCUCCUCGAUUUGGUGAUCAGAGCCUUAUAUUUUUAUACGAAUGUAAUUGAGCAGUUAAAAUUACACUGAAAGCAGAUUUCCCCGGAGCGUGGAUCAGAUCCG